AUGGAAAGACUCGAGCUUACGAGCCAACAACGUGGUCCUCAGCUUGAGUAUGAGGCCAGUCUACGACCAAUACACGACAAGGUCGAAGACAUUGCAGAAAGACUGGAAAGCAAUCUUACUCCUGUCUCGAGUGCGCUAGCUUCAGUUGGAAGAGCAGUAUUCGGUCUCAAUAACGUUCUGGGUCAGGUUUUCGAUUUCCUCGGCUCCUUCCAGCGAGAGACAAAGCUUGCGCUUCAAAGGAUCAUUCAGACCAACAUGCAGAUAUACGCGUUACUUCUAACGAGCCAAAGUGGCUCGAGCACCGGUCUGCCCAUGCCCUCCGACUCCAUCGUGUUUGAAGAUGCACUUGGCAGGACCAUUUCGCUUCCCUAUCAAUGGUUCCGUCACUGGGAGACCUUUGAGGGCAUGCUCCGCGCCGAGUUCAAAGGCGUGCCCGGCGAGGCUAAAGUGUCGGAAGGACAAUACCAUUUGAUCGACACCAAAGGUGCUGGAGCGAUCAUAAGAAAAGAAGACUGGCAUAGAACAGUGUUUCCGGGCUCUUCAGUGACCAUGUCGGUGAUAAUCUCCCAGAUACGCUGGCAGGGAGGGCUUUGUCCGCGCCCGAGCUGCGGAGAGACACGAAUCGAAUUGGACCGUCCACGGGCUUUGGUUACAUGGUAUGUUGCUUACUCUCUACUUAUCGGACCAACGCUUAUUCCCAAAAGUAAAAGCUGUGGCUUGAAGUAUUAUCCGUCGGCAGAGAGGCUCGAAGGCCAAACAAAGCGUGUCACAGUUCUGACAGAAGACGAUGAAGUGGGAUGGUCACAGAGUACUCAAGAUCUGGAGGUCUUCGGCGCCAGGCCCCUACCCAAGGACCCUGAGGAAGAGGCCGCAAUCCUAGAGCUGUUGGGAUGCGCAGAUACAACAACGGCUAAUCAAAAUGUCACGCUGACAGGCAGUAUGACACAGACGGGCCCUUACAAAGAAAAAGCCCCAAAGUCCCACGAGCUCACCGUCGUACCUGAUGUUCAAAAGCCUGUGACAGACAAGGCUAGGCCUUCAGAUAGCUUAUCCUCAGCAUUCCAAACGCCAUUGGAUAUAUGGUUCGCACAAACCCAAUCCGUGGGCCUCGACCCCAACAUGACCUCAAACAUCCCGUAUUCAGACAGGACGCGUCGAGACGAAGAAGCCUCCGAAAUGGAACAUUUCAAACGCGUCCAUAUCAAAGAAGGGGCCAACAACUCAGAUGACAACAAUGACGCAAUGAAGGGCGUUAUUGACCCAAAAUGGACAGACGAAGCAAUCUACCGGCGGAAUAUUUGCGACAGGUUUCCCUUGCUACCGUUCUGGCUGGCUCAUCGCCUAGCGAAGCUUAAUGUCGAAAGAGCGAAACGACUCCCGCGCGCCUACUACGCAAGGACUUCCUCAUCUCACGGAGACAGCGAGCUCCCGCUGCCUAGCAGCGCUAGUGGCGAUGAAGGCCCAUAUCCAGAUGGUGAUGGAAAGGGUGAAUAUGCCUGCACCGAUCCGGAACGGUCAUCGUCACUUGACGAUGAAGGAAAGCGUGCUUUUGAAGGAAUAGCUAGCUCCCUCCAGGAUGAAGCACGACUACUUCGUCGCAAAACUUUUGGUCAUGUCGAUCACCAGGCUCGGGACUUGCCUCAAGAGACGUCUUUCUGGACAGGUAAAGCGGGGCAGAAACGUCCAGCAUCUACCUUAUCUCGUUCGUCUCACUCAAACAACUCGCUGCAAUUACCCGAUGCUCCAGUGAAAAGAAGCCGAAAGAGUUCAUCCGUCAAAACACAUUCUUCUCACUCAACUAUUAGUUCAACAAUGUCCCAAUUCGUAUGCCCCCCUCCCCCAGUUGAUCUGGAAAAGGAAAACAUCUUUGUAUGCGACAUCUGCAACAAGAAGGUUUUCGUCAUGAGGAGGCGUGAUUGGCAGUAA